ACCCCAACCCCACUCGCUGACAGCCCUAUUUUGAACUUUCCAGUUCCUGCCUGCGAAUAGAAAAGAGGGAAAAAGAGCGGGAAUUUUCCAGAGAGGGAGAGAGAUGGUGGAAGCCGAGGAACCGAUCGAUCUCGAAAGCAUCCGCAGCCGACUGAAAGAGCUCUCAGUUCUCAAAAGCAACUCCACCAGCGACUCCUCCAACCAAUCACUCCAAGACUGCCUUCUCCAUCUCGAGAGCAGAUUCAAGGAGAUCGAAUCGGAGUUCUCGGAUUUAGGGUUUGAAGAUUUGGAGGUGUAUGUGGAGCAUGCGAAGAAGGCGCUUGAUUCAGCUGGGGCUGAAAGUGAAAAGAUCUCUGACGAAAUCAGGGCCCUCAAUGAAACCUUUCUACAAGAUUCUAUUCAGUUGGAGGGCGAUCUGGAAAUGUUGGAAACUUCGUUAAGCUUUAUUGGUUCACAGGGUCCCAACGGUUUGGAAGCUGGCGUAAACAUUGGAUAUUCCAUCUCUGGAGAAAACCAAGGGAAUCCGAUAAAUGCACAUAAAAACUACAAUUUUGAGAUUUUGGAACUUGAUAGUUUGAUCCAAAAGAAUAGUAUUUCUUUAAGGUCUUUGUUGGACCUGCAGUACGUCUUUGAAAGGGUUGAAGCUGUUAGACAGGUUGAGGAUAUAUUAUCUGAUGUGAAAGUCGUCGAAUUUGAAGGCAACUGCAUUAGGUUGUCAUUGAACACACUUUUUCCAUCUUCAGAAGGCUUGUUGUGCCAACAGAAGUUGGAAUGCAUCACCGAGCCAUUUGUACUAGAUCAUGAGUUGCAAAUAGAACUUAUGGAUGGGACUACAGAGCUAAAGAAUGUGGAGAUCUUCCCGAAUGAUGUAUAUAUUGGUGAAAUUAUUGAUGCUGCAAAGUUUCUAAGGCAUCCACUUUCUUCGUUAUCAUGUCUAGAGACAAGAUCUAACUUGGAAUGGUUGGUGAGGAAAGUACAGCAUCAGAUAUUUUUGUGCACUCUAAGGCGUUUAAUAGUGAAACAUGCAAAUAAUUCAAGGCACUCUUUUGAGUACUCUGAUAGAGAUGAGACAAUUACAGCUCAUUUGGCAGGGAAUGUAGAUGCUUUCAUUAAGAUAUCUCGAAAUUGGCCAGUAUCAACUUCUGCAUUAAAGUUGGUCUCUCUCAAGAACUUGGAUUUUCUUUCAAAGGGAAUUUCAUUGAGUUUUCUCUGCAAGGUUGUGGAAUUAGCAAACUCCUUGGAUGAACAAACACGGAGCCAACUUCCAAGCUUUGCAGAUGCUAUCGAAGAGAUACUCGUUCGGCAGCAGCAUCUGGAACUCCAAUCAGACCAUAUGCCAGUCCAUUGAUUGGGUAUGUUUAGCUCCUCUUUUCCUUUUAACUUACAUUGGGAUUCUCGAAAACUUCAAAUGUAUUCCAUACAUACAUGCAAUGUCAAGGCAUUUUAUUGAGCAUUACUUUUAUAAGUACUUUUGUAGAGGAUUGAUUGCCUACAACCAGUUGUAUACUAAGCCCACUUUUUAUGGCUUCAAAUUCCAAUUUUUCUAUUGAUGAUAUCACAUUUUUUUCAAGGGCAAAAUGCUCAGCGGUUAACCUACAACCUGUUGUAGGUAUUCACUUUUUGUUUCUGUAUAAAUUAUUUGGUUAUGCUGCA